CGCCGGGGUCAUUUAGGUCAUUGGGAGAGUCUAUCGUAAAAUGGGUGGCGCUUCUAUAACAGGUUCGACAUGGCAGAGGCAUGUGAUGGGUCUCCUACUGCUGUUCCCCAGAAUCUCGGUUAUGGGUCUCCCACUGGAUGUCUACGUGACCGGGAGGCAAGUAAAACCGAAGACCAGCCAACAGCGAGCAAAACCAGUUUGGUCAGUCAACCGGAAGCAAACACAGGUGAUAAGCCCUACAUGUGUGGGGAGUGUGGGUACAGGGCAGCUCGGAAGUCUCUAUUAUCCGAACAUACGAGAACUCAUACCGGUGAAAAACCGUACAAGUGUGACCAGUGUGACUAUUCUGCUGCACGGAAGUCCAACUUGAACCAACAUCUAGCCAUGCACACUGGUGACAAGCCCUACAUGUGUGGGGAGUGUGGGUAAAGGGCAAUGCAAAAGUCUACCUUGACUAUACAUAUGAGGACUCAUACGGGUCUAAAACCCUACAAGUGUGACCAGUGUGAUUAUUCUGCUACAUGUAAGUCCACCUUGAGCCAACAUCUAGCCAAACACACUGGUGUCAAGCCCUACAUG